CAUCGCCUAGUCAUGCUCCUGUCUCACUCCGAGCUAUGGAAAGAAUGUUUGGAAUUUCUGUCCAAGCCCUGCACAGUGGUCCUCGGCGCCAUCACCGCUGCCCUCUAUUACUUCUGGGGUCGUGAGGGCCAGUUUGUCUGUGCUACGUCAACCAGCAUACCGCAUGAGCGGCUCCAGUAUAGCAGUUUCACACACCUUUCUGUUUCAUCUCAUUCUUCAGACUCGCUCCAACACACACAUACACACACACCAUGCACUUACUUGUUACACAUCCACCUAUGUCCUCAAUUUCUCUCAAGUGCUCUGACACUUGUCCUCUCUUCUCUCUCUCCCUCUCCUCCUCCCUCCUUCAGACACCAGUUCUGGUGUGCAGCGAUGCAUUUCGACAUUUCCUCCAGAAGCACUGUCCUGUGGUGGACGAGUGUUUCAGCCCCACACCCUGGUGCUGGGGGGGGCGUCUCCAGACCCUGGUCAGGGUCUUCAUCAAGUCCAGUCCCAAGGUCGCCUACAGGAAUGAGUUGAUCCGGACUCCAGACGGGGGCCAGAUCUCUCUGGACUGGGUGGACAACGGGGUCAGCGAUGCCUACCCAGAGGCCCCCUCUCGGCCCACGGUGCUCAUCCUGCCGGGGCUGACGGGGAACAGCCAGCAGACCUACGUCCUCCACGCCGUCAGCCAGGCUGUCCGCCGGGGCUACAGGUGCGUGGUCUUCAACAACCGAGGCUUUGGAGGAGAGGAGCUUCUGACCCCUGUGACCUUCUGUGCAGCUAACACGGCCGACCUGGAGACGGUGGUCCUGCAUGUGAAGCAGCUCCUGCCCCAGGCCCCCCUGUUGGGCACCGGCGUGUCUCUGGGAGGCAUGCUGCUGUUGAACUACCUGGCUCGCAUGGGCAGGGAGGCGGGGCUUGUUGCCGGGCUGGCCAUGUCCGUCAGCUGGGACACGCUGCAGUCGUGCGCCUCCCUGGAGCAGCCAAUCAACCGCCUCCUCUUCAACCGGCACCUCGCCGCCAACCUGUGCCGCUCCAUCAGCAGGCACAGAAAAAUCCUGGAGCCAGUGAUUGAUAUGGAGCAUGUGAUGAAGUCGCGUACCAUCCGUGAGUUCGACGAGCGCUACACCUCGGUGAUGUUUGGCUACAAGUCGUGUUUGGAGUACUACCACGAUGCCAGCCCCGUCCACAAGCUCCCCAAGACCACGGUGCCCAUCCUGUGCCUGAACGCCGCCGACGACCCCUUCUCCCCCAAGCACGCCAUCCCGGUGGCCGUGGCCCAGCGCCUGCCCAACGUGGCCCUGCUGGUGACGUCGCACGGCGGCCACAUCGGCUUCCUGGAGGGCCUGUUCCCCCGGGGCGAGGGCUACAUGGACCGCCUGUUCGGACAGUUCAUCCAGGCGGCCUUCGAGCACCCCGGGGCCCUGAAGGGGGCCUGCGGCGGCCAGGAGGAGCUGGCGGACUGACGGCACCGGCCCGCUCGUCCCAGGGGAGGAAGAGGGCGCCCAGGUAUGCCGGGGCUCGCCGACUCCAGCUCAAGUGCACUUGAACUCUCCCGCUAACCCCCUUCUUCAUCAUCUCAGGUUCUCAUCCGUCGGCCCGACUAGAGUAAGGAGCUCAAAUGCACUGAUUUGUUUAGUUUGUCAUUUGCCGUGACCCCAUUUAAAGUUACUGUAGAUAGAAAUUGACAUGAAUAAUUCCUUUGAUGCAGCUAGGGCAGGAUUUUAGAUUGUUCACAGUUGGGAACCUAACAGUUUAACUGUUAAGACCAUUUUAUGGCACAGUGAUUUAGUUUCAGCACGUAUGCGUACUGUCUACUGAAAACUCUUGCCUAAGCUAAAACAAGGCAGAUAUAGAACAUUUGCACUCUGUGCGAGGAGUCACCACAUGGUUGUGAUAAUUAUGGUCAAGCAAUUUGAAGUUCUGUUGUCUUUUCAUAUACUUGAGAAACUUCAUCAUGUUCUCUGAAGACCAACAGAAAUGUAUUGCUGUAACUUGACAAUGUUUAAGCUCUUGUGGUAGUGAAGGAAAUAGAGCGAAAGUAUUAAUGCUGAAGACAUUUAAUGUGUGAAAUUGUAUAGAAUGUUUUAAAUGAUAAUGCUAAGAAUCCUCGUCCAUGAUAAGAAAACUGUCAGAAUUUGUUAUCAAGCUGAGACAGAAAUAUUGGUUUAUUGAUUGUUGUUGAGUUUUUGAUCUUGUCAUCCUAUUAGUUUUUUUUUUUUUUUUACCCAAAUGAAUGCUGGAAUAUUGCAUAGCAACUUGUUCUUGAGCAUACACAUUCCUUGGCCGUGGUUUGUUUGAAAACCAAUCUAUUUGUCGUUGAUGGCCUUUCAGUAAGUUUGAAAACCCAAGAUCAUUUUGGACCUAAACAACUUUGGCGUGUUACUAUGCUGACCUUCAUGUUUAUUGUUUUCCAUGAGACUGCUGGUUGAUGUGGUCAUUUUGCUCUGCGGUGUUAUUGGGCAUUGAACGGACAAGAUACUGCCUCAGUACACGUGGGUUUAGCUUUAGUAGGAUGAACAUUACAGAGCCCAGGCUUACACACGUCACAGCAACACAAGCUAAACACACCAACAUGCAAACGCACAAGCUGCCAUAACACAAUUGAAAUUGAACUCAAUCGAAUUGAAUCGGAAUAUGAAGUGCUUCACUGGAGAUGCAGUUGAAGAGAUAUGAUGUGAAAAUGAGCGUGCUUUGCUCUUCAAGCCUAUUCAACACCAGCUAAGACCAGUCCCAAUUUGUCUGUCUUUUAAAACUCUCUAAAAUGCCCUCUUAAAUUUGAUACGACUGAAAUGUUCCAAAAAGAGUUAAUAGCUGCUGGUCAAGUUGGCCGUGCACUAGUUCGAUAUGAUUACCUGUUUCUAUUUGACCAAGCUCACCUCAGCAGUUUGCCUUACUGGAGCGCAAGACCUACAGUAUGUGGCUUGUUUAUUAUCCUGUACAUGUUAUGUAUCCCUGGCAUGCCCAACCCUAUCAGCUCUGAUAAGUGUGUAUGUCCUUUGAUGCAGCUAGGGCAGGAUUUUAGAUUGUUCACAGUUGGGAACCUAACAGUUUAACUGUUAAGACCAUUUUAUGGCACAGUGAUUUAGUUUCAGCACGUAUGCGUACUGUCUACUGAAAACUCUUGCCUAAGCUAAAACAAGGCAGAUAUAGAACAUUUGCACUCUGUGCGAGGAGUCACCACAUGGUUGUGAUAAUUAUGGUCAAGCGAUUUGAAGUUCUGUUGUCUUUUCAUAUACUUGAGAAACUUGAACCAGCGUGUGAAAUAUUGAUAUAUUUGAAUCCCUCUUUUCGCUAUCUUCAUCAUGUUCUCUGAAGACCAAACAGAAAUGUAUUGCUGUAACUUGACAAUGGUUAAGCUCUUGUGGUAGUGAAGGAAAUAGAGCGAAAGUAUUAAUGCUGAAGACAUUUUAUGAUGUAUUUAAUGUGUGAAAUUGUAUAGAAUGUUUUAAAUGAUAAUGCUAAGAAUCCUCGUCCAUGAUAAGAAAACUGUCAGAAUUUGUUAUCAAGCUGAGACAGAAAUAUUGGUUUAUUGAUUGUUGUUGAGUUUUUGAUCUUGUCAUCCUAUCCUUGAAAUUGAACUCAAUCGAAUUGAAUCGGAAUAUGAAGUGCUUCACUGGAGAUGCAGUUGAAGAGAUAUGAUGUGAAAAUGAGCGUGCUUUGCUCUUUAAGCCUGUUCAACACCAGCUAAGACCAGUCCCAAUUUGUCUUUUAAAACUCUCUAAAAUGCCCUCUUAAAUUUGAUACGACUGAAAUGUUCCAAAAAGAGUUAAUAGCUGCUGGUCAAGUUGGCCGUGCACUAGUUCGAUAUGAUUACCUGUUUCUAUUUGACCAAGCUCACCUCAGCAGUUUGCCUUACUGGAGCGCAAGACCUACAGUAUGUGGCUUGUUUAUUAUCCUGUACACCUCACCUAUGGCACUGUUCCCUGGCAUGCCCAACCCUAUCAGCUCUGAUACGUGUGUAUGUUAACACCCUAAUAAGGUAAGCUGGCAUUAAAAGGGAUGGAGUUUGUGAAGAAGGUAAUUUGCCCACCUGGGCAGAGAUCCCAGAAACAUACUCUUGCCUGGGAGUUGUGUGUGCAGGAUGUCCUGUCGCAGAACUCAGUUUAGGCAUUGUUGAGGGGUUUAUUUCUCCCUUGUUUGAAGUCUGUUGUGCUACUGAAUGUUUCUCUGUGAUUCAACCAUCAUCAACCUGCUGACAAUCUCAGUUUUGUUCCAGAACUUCUCGGGUAUUUGCAUUUUUCCAUUUUAUGGGCAUUAAGUACAAACGGAAUAAGCACACGUCCAAGAACUGUGCAAGUGCAACAAUAAGUGUAAGGGAGGAACGAGCACAGAUGUGCAGUUUUACAUGCACGACUACACACACUUCCUGGUGAACUGCCAGGCUAAAGUAACAGCAUAAACGUUUUGUGACAUUUCAACUAAAUCUCACUCUGCAUUAUUUGUUUUCCUUUCAACUGUCAACCUACCAUUUCAUUUUUAAUACCACUUAAUACUUCAAUAUCAAUUUGUAUUCUUCAAUAAAGUAACCAACAAAAAAAAGAA